AUGGUACAAUUGGGAGGAUCAAAGGAUAGCUGCACAGCAUGCAACAAGACUGUGUACAUGACAGAGAAGAUUGUGGUCGAGGACAAGGAGGAGAAGAAGACAUUCCAUAAGCUGUGUCUAAAGUGCUCACACUGCAAGAUCACUCUGUCACUGGGCAACUACGCUUCAAUGAAUGGCGUCAUGUUCUGCAAGCCACACUUCAAACAGCUGUUUGCCACCAAGGGCAACUAUGACGAGGGUUUCGGCCAGUCCAAACACACCACCCAGUGGGCGCCACAGGCCACGCCCAGCAGCUCGCAGGCCGGCUCCUUCAUUAAGCUGGAGGAGUCCAACAAGCCACCCUCCGAGAAGAAGGAGACGCCAUCGGCCAUCUCGUCGCGCUUUGCCGGCAGCUCCGAGAAGUGCGCCAUCUGCUCCAAGACUGUGUUCCUCACUGAGAAGAUCGUGGUCGAGGAGAAGGAGGACAAGAAGGUGCUGCACAAGGGCUGCCUCAAGUGCACUCACUGCAACGUGACUCUCAACCUCAGCACCUACUCCUCGAUGAACGGUGUCUUCUACUGCAAGCCACACGUCAAGCAGCUGUUUGCCGCCAAGGGCAACUUUGGUGAAGCGUUUGGCAACGCUCCACAGACUGACAAGUGGACGCCACAGGCUGUUACCGCACCCGCAUCGUUCGUGCCCGUGGACCGCACGACCGAGAAGGAGAAGCCCGUAGUGUCGACAUCGGACACGGCCAAGAAGUUCUCGGCCGCCAAGAACACAGACAAGUGCCAGCUGUGCCAGAAGACUGUGUACUUGACAGAGCGUGUCGUGCUCGAGGAGACAGACUCGCGUCGCAUCUUCCACAAGGUGUGCAUGAAGUGCUCGCACUGCAGCGUUGUGCUGAACCUCGGCACUCUGGCACAGUUGGACGGUGUUCUCUACUGCAAGCCACACUUUAAGCAACUCUUUGCGCUCAAGGGCAACCUGGACGAGGGCUUUGGCCGCGUCAAGCGCACUGACAACCCAUUCCCAUACCUCGAGAAGAAGGACGACUACGUGUCCUCGGCCGACCGUCUCCAGAGCGAGCACGACGCCGGUCAUGUAGAGAGUGAGAUGGAGAAGUUCAAGCGUCUCUCCGAGAUGAAGUAUGUUGAGGAUGAUGUCAAACCAGUGUUCAACCCAUCUGCCACCUACAAGCAUGAGGAGGAGGAGACACAUGAUCACAAGGAUGAUGACGUCGUGGAGAAGGAGCAAGAGGGACAUGUCGAGACUGAGAUGGAGAAGUACAAGCGUCUAUCCGAGAUGAAGUAUGUCGAUGAUGAUGUCAAGCCAGUAUUCAAUCCAAAUGCAGUCUACAGACAUGAUGACGAUGAGAAGAUGGUCGAUGAUGAAGAAGUAAUUCAACACAAGGAGGUGGAGCAUCAUCAUCAUCAUGAGGAGGAGAAGGAGAGGGAGGUUCAACAUCCAGAAGAUGAGCAUCUUGACAACAGCAAUGACAAUGACAGUGACAGUGACUAA